AUGAGCCAUCAUCUUCAGGAGAAAACGAUUGAAGAAUUGCAAAUCUUGUUUGAGAAAGAAGAAGACCCUGAUAAACUAAACGAAAUCAUGAACUUAAUUUCUGAAAAAGGGAUUGCUUCUGAUAAUGAAACAGAGGAAAAUAAUUAUGUUUCUUUAGAAGAAGAUUUAUAUCAACAAAUGGGAUUAAUGAAGUUAGAUGAUCUAGAUUUUCUGCCUAUAGAAGUUGUUCAGCAAAAGAUUGAAAAUAAACUAGAAGACUGGUAUGAUGGUGUAGACGAAGAAGUCAAAACUACAUUAACAGCCAGUGAAUCUCCUACUAGAAUGUUUAGACAGUUAUGUCAAUACAUUGAGUUAGAAUUCAUUGGUCCUAGAGCUGAUCCUAAUGAAAAACGAAUGAAAUAUCAAAAAAAGUUAAGUAAUUUGUCCAUCUGUAAUAUGAAAUAUGUUGAUAAUUACUUUAUGGAGUUUGAAACAUAUUAUUAUAAAAUUGGUGAAAAUGAAACAAAUCUUGGAAUGUUCUACAAUAAAUUACCAAGUCCUCUUAAUGAAGAAAUUAGUGAAAAAUAUCAAGAAUGGAAAGAGAAAUUCUUAGCUAGGGAUGCCCUAGCAAGGAUUGUAUUGCAGAGUGUUGGUCUUGUGGAGAAUUUUUAUGCUAAUGAAUGUAAGAAAGCUAAUCAUAAACUAAUGGAAGCCUUAGGUAGUUGGGACUACAUAGAAAUACCAGAAGAUGAGGCUUUCAAUUUGGCUUUAAGUAAUAAUAAAGGAAUAGUAGAAAUCAUAGAAGAAGAAAAUGAGUAUAAUGAAGAACCUGAAGACAGUGAGUUUGAAGAUGGAAAUUAUGAAGAAAUAAAUAAUAUGAUGGAAGGGAAGUAUUAG